AUGAAAACACCCCUCCGAAUAGCCAUUCUAGAAUGCGAUACCCCACCCCCAGCCAUCAUAGACAAAUAUGGCAAAUACGGCGACAUCUUCACCACCCUGCUGGAAACCGCAGCCGUCGACUUGGGAAUGGAUCCAAAGAAAGACUUGGUACUGAGUAGUUUUGACGUCGUGACCGCCCAGGAAUAUCCAAAUCUGGACGACAUCGACGCUGUGCUGAUAUCAGGCUCAAAAUACAACUCCUUCGACUCAGACCCCUGGAUCCUAAAACUCGUCUCGUUUACGCAAACCCUCCUCGCCCAGUCCCGCAUCCGCAUCAUAGGCGUCUGCUUCGGGCACCAGAUUCUCGGGCGCGCGCUCGGCGCCCCCGUCGGACGCAGCGAGGGCGGCUGGGAAAUCAGUGUUUUACCGGUUGAACUGACGGCCAAGGGGAAGGAAUUAUUUGGCCAGGAUACGCUGUCAAUCCACCAAAUGCACCGCGACGCCCUGCACACUUACCCUCCGUCCAUCAUCCCCCUCGGCUCCUCCCCCGCCUGCCCAACCCAAGGCAUGUACGAACCCCGCCGCCUCCUCAGCAUCCAGGGGCACCCAGAGUUCAACGCGGGCAUUGUAAGCCACCUGGUUAGGAUGCGCAAUGAGCAGGGUGUGUUUGAGGAUGAGAUGGCGAGGGAGGCGUUGGGGCGGGUGGAGAGGGCGCAUGAUGGGGUUGUGGUUGGGAGGGCGUUUUUGAGGUUUUUGGGGGAGGAGUAG